AAAGUAAUAAUAUAAAAAAGAGUGUUGGUUGGGAACCUUUUUUUUUAUUAUAUUUCUCUAUAAAUGACUGUGAUUUUUCAUUGGGACUGCGACUCUACAUCUCUCUCUCUUUCCCCCAUUUUCAUUCUCCGUGUAUUAUAGUUUCUCAGCUAGUAGUGCUUUCCAACUUUCAGUGCUAAAGCUUGAUCCGGGAACUCGAAAAAAUAUGGGUAAAUUUUCUAUACCCAAGUUGGGAUUUCUACUGCUAUGCUGCUUAGCUGCUCUUACGGAAGCAACGUAUGUGAAGUACAAAGACCCAAAACAGCCAUUGGGUGUUAGAAUCAAAGAUUUAAUGCGUAGGAUGACUUUGGCUGAAAAGAUUGGCCAAAUGACUCAGAUUGAGCGCACUGUUGCUACCCCAGAUGCGAUGAAGAACUACUUCAUUGGGAGUGUUCUGAGUGGUGGAGGGAGUGUGCCAGCUCAAAAAGCUACUCCUGAAACUUGGAUUGAGAUGGUGAAUACGAUGCAAAAGGCAUCUUUAUCCACCCGUCUUGGAAUUCCGAUGAUAUACGGGAUUGAUGCAGUUCAUGGUCACAACAAUGUGUACAAAGCCACCAUUUUUCCUCAUAAUAUUGGUCUUGGAGUGACCAGGGAUCCUAACCUUGUCAAGAGGAUUGGUGAAGCAACUGCACUCGAAGUUAGAGCUACAGGAAUCCCAUAUGUUUUUGCUCCAUGCAUCGCGGUUUGCAGGGAUCCAAGGUGGGGUCGAUGCUAUGAAAGCUACAGUGAGGAUCAUAAGAUUGUUCAAAUGAUGACUGAGAUUAUAACUGGUUUACAAGGAGGCCUCCCUGUCCAUUCUAAAAAGGGUGUUCCCUUUGUUGCUGGAAAGAACAAGGUGGCAGCCUGUGCUAAGCAUUAUGUGGGAGAUGGAGGUACGACAAAAGGCAUAAACGAGAACAAUACUGUUAUUAGCUGGAACGGAUUACUCGGCAUCCACAUGCCUGCAUAUUUUAACUCUAUUGCAAAGGGCGUUGCAACAAUUAUGACAUCCUAUUCUAGCUGGAAUGGAAAAAAGAUGCAUGCUAAUCACGAUCUUGUGACCGACUUCUUGAAAAACAAGCUUAAGUUCAGGGGUUUCGUUAUAUCAGAUUGGCAGGGUCUUGAUAGGAUUACCUCUCCUCCACAUGCUAACUACUCAUAUUCUGUAGAAGCUGGAGUCGGUGCCGGGAUUGAUAUGGUCAUGGUUCCUUAUAACUUCACAGAAUUUAUUGAUGACCUAACCUAUCAGGUUAAAAACAAUAUCAUUCCAAUGAGCCGGAUUGAUGAUGCUGUAAAGCGAAUCUUGAGGGUUAAAUUUGUGAUGGGUCUCUUUGAGAAUCCAAUGGCUGAUAACAGCCUGGUCAACCAACUCGGGAGUCAGGAACAUCGGGAGUUGGCAAGGGAAGCUGUGAGGAAAAGUCUUGUCCUACUGAAGAAUGGUGAGUCUGCCGAUAAGCCAUUGUUACCCCUUCCAAAGAAAGCAACUAAGAUACUAGUUGCUGGAACUCAUGCCGAUAACUUGGGCUAUCAGUGUGGAGGCUGGACCAUUACAUGGCAGGGUCUUGGUGGCAACGAUCUCACAACUGGUACGACUAUCCUCCAGGCUGUCAAAAAUACAGUUGAUUCAAGUACUCAAGUUGUAUACAGUGAGAACCCGGAUGCAGGGUUUGUCAAGUCUGGCGAAUUCUCUUAUGCCAUUGUGGUUGUGGGAGAACCCCCGUACGCAGAAACAUAUGGUGACAGCCUGAAUCUUACAAUAUCAGAGCCGGGUCCCAAGACUAUUUACAAUGUUUGUGGGUCUGUGAAAUGUGUUGUUGUUGUCAUCUCUGGUCGGCCGGUUGUUGUACAGCCAUUUGUCUCGUCAGUUCAUGCACUUGUAGCUGCUUGGCUUCCGGGGACCGAGGGCCAAGGUGUUGCUGAUGUCUUGUUUGGUGACUACGGGUUCACCGGCAAGCUAGCAAGGACAUGGUUCAAGACCGUUGACCAGCUUCCAAUGAAUGUCGGCGAUUCACAUUAUGACCCUCUCUUUCCCUUUGGCUUUGGUUUGACUACUAAACCAACCCACCAGAAUUAAUAUCAUUGUAGAGACUGAGUUUGCUGCUUUAUAUUAGGCAUUUCCCCUUGCAUGGUAGAAACUAGAAACUUUAAAUUAUUUUUCCUCUACAUUAGAGGUAUUUAUGAACCGGGGCCAGGUUGGGCCUAAGGCAUCACAUAUCAGCAUUUUACUAUACUGCUUUAAUUCUACGAAUUUCUUGAAA